ACCUCACCACCACCACCACUCUCCCAUAUAAUACCUCUUCAAUACCUCUUCACUCAGCCUGGGCCACUCCAACUCCUCCAACUCCACCACCACCACCACCACCACCACCAUCACCACCAUGCAUCGCCAGGCCGCUACCUACCCUUACGCACAGUCCGCCGUCUCGACGCACAGGUACUCGGGCACUAGCAGUGCCUUCAGUCCUAGUGCCAACCCGAAUGAGGACUGGACCAAGAUCUCCGACCUUGCCGAGCGCAGGCGGAUACAGAACCGGAUUGCCCAGCGCAACUACCGCAAGAAGCUCAAGAAGAGGCUCGAAGACCUUGAGCGGAGAGCCGCGUCGAACUCAGCCUCGCCGGAACAGCGCCCAGCCGAGCUCGACCGCUCACAUGCUCAGCCUCGCGAGGAGGCCUCUAGCGAUGCGGUAGAACCGGCCGACUACAGCCGCCGGACUCCGGAGGUGCCGCAGAGCCAAUACGCACAUGGCCACGACGAUCGCAGUUUGUUCUCGCACCAGUACACGCGGCAGCUUUCCACGUCGCCGCCACCCUUCGCGUACUCGACCUACCCAGCUCCGGACAUGACGUACUCGUCAUACUCGCAGUCACCUUACCAUGCGAUCCCGAUCACCACGGCGGAGCCGCAAGUCUUCACUCCUUACCUGCCACCCAUCUCGUCGGCCUACCCUGGCACGUUACCAAGCAUUGGCCAAGCGACCAAGCAGGAGUUCUACAGCGACGAAGAGAUCAGUCCGUUUAGCAUGAACUAUGCUUCCAUGGCAGGAAUUGACAUUCCCGUGUCGCAUUCCUACCAGGGCUCAGGCUCGCCGCCCGAUUCAUCCAACCUCUACACACCGGCGACCCCGGCAUCACUGCCUGGGACGCCGCCAAAUCUUCACUGCUUUUGAUCUCUUGUCGCACGUUUCCUUUACACGUGGCCGGCUUUCUGAGAGACAUGCUGUUGUCUUCCUGUAUAUUACCUUUUGGAGUCGCAUUUUCAAGAUACCACCAUUCGCUAAGCGUAGGAGUUUCAAAGGACAGUCGCUUCUGAUAUUUUGCCGGGAUUGGCACUAGCAGGCGGAUCCGCCGAUCCAGGAUUCUGUCAGAUGAUAUGCAUGGGCGUAGGCGUUUGGGUUUGUCCAUUUCUAGCGGACUUUGAAUUCCAACUCGGGCAGGGCGCUCGAUGGACGGCGCGAUCGGUUGAAAUUUGAAAGAGAAAAUCUACCAACGUUAUUAUGAUCAUCCAGAUAUAUCCUCAG